AUGGAUAAACAACGUAUACGCUCCAUGACUUCUAUUCAUCCUCAACCACCUCAACAGACCUCACGCGUGACUGCCCCAACCCACAUUACUAUCUCAGCAAACAUGCAGGUGCACGCCCCUACAAAAGCCUCCACAAAAGCUCCCAGCAAAAACCCAUCGUCUUGGGACCCAGCUGACGACUUGUUGUUGCGCCAUCUUAAGGAGGUCCGUCACAUGGGCUGGAAGGACAUUGCCCUCCACUUUGACCGCCGUACUUCUAAUGCAUGUCAGUUCCGUUGGCGCCGUCUGAAAUCUGGUAGCCUCAAGGCUAACCGUACUGCGCUUGUUGACAUCCACAACAUUGACCUGGGUGACCUACCUUUACACGCGCAACGGACAGCACCAGAACCUGCUGCAAAGAAAUCACCUUCUAGGGAGAUUGUGUUUUCCACUCCUGACUUUACAAAUGCCAAUGCAGUUGCAACUACCAAUGCAACCGCCAACACUAAUACUAAUGUCAAUGCUAAUGUAGGUACCAAUGCCAAUGCCAAUGCUAAUACUAAUGCUAAUGGCGAUAGCAAUAACAAUACUAAUAAUAACUCUAUUGCUGCCACACCUUGUACCGCUUCUACUCCCGCAAAUACUGUCACUUCUACUACUACCAUAACCACUUCUAAUAACAUUAGCUCCGCAUUUCACCCACCAAAACAUGUACCUGCUUCUGUUUCUUCUUCGGCGGCUACCGCGCCAGAUUCUGAAAACGUCGGAUUUGUGCCACGUAUUCAUAUCAAAUCUCGUCGUUCAUCUAUCUCGACACCUCUCUCUUCUAUUCCACCUACUCCAUCUUUCUCCACAUACAACCCCAAGUCAUUCUUGACUCGUUCUAGACGGUCUUCAUUCAACACAUUAUCCCCAUUUUCCACUCCAACCACAACCAGAAGAUCUUCUCUAGUAUCAUUCCACUCUACCACUAAUAAUGCAAUUGUUCAUCCAAGAAGAAAUUCUACUAUGGUUUCAAAUCAUAAUUCUUAUUUAGACUCUGCCAAGAUGAAAAUACAUCAUUUGAACAACAAUAAUUCUUGGUCUUUGGAUGAAGAUAAGUUAUUGUUUGAAAAUAAUAAAAGGCGUCUUUCUAUAAUGGAAUUGUCGAUUCUCUUACCUCAUAAGUCAGAAUCUCAAAUCAAAGGUAGGCUAGAUUCUAUCUCUCAUCCAAUUCAUAAUAACCCUACUUCCAUUAAUUGUCUUUUAAAUUCUCCACCACCAAUCAAUCCAAACCCGGAAACACAACCACAACCACAAGCGGAAAUGCCAACAGAAUUAGAAAACCAUAUCCAAGCUGAAGUAAAUGAUAUUAACUUAUCUAUUCAUAAUAUGCCAAACCAGCCAAUCGCUAGAUCCUUUUCAAAUUCUCCAUCUAGUACUUCGUCUAAUGGAUUAAAAGAGCAUUCCCCUUCAAUUUUUUCCACUUCUAAUUCUCCAAGGGAUAUAAAUGUACCAACUGAUGAUGAGACUGAUAAUAAUACUUCUAGUGAAGAAUCAAGAAUGAACUCAAACCCAAAAAUAAUUAAUACCUUACCAAGUAUUAAUACUAUUUUCAAAAAUAUCAUAUAA